UAGCGGUCCGGAAGAAACCCCCCGCGCUCAAGCCAAGCCUGUAACGACGCAAAAGGCUACUGAGAAGCCGACCGAGAAGCCAACAACUGCCAAGCCCACAGAGAAGCCGACAGAAAAGCCAACAACUGCCAAGCCCACAGAGAAGCCGACAGACAAGCCAACCACUGCCAAGCCCACAGAGAAGCCGACAGAAAAGCCAACCCCUGCCAAUCCCACAGAGAAGCCGACCGAAAAACCAACCACAGCUGCUCCACCCAAGAAGGUGACAAAGAAAUCUGGCAAGACUGUCAAACCGAGCAAACCAGCUCAAGUACCAUCCGUCUCGGUGGCUGCCGUGCUAGCCGUUUCGCUCGUCGCCCAAGUCGAUGCACAAGCAUUGGCACCAAACUCACAUCGCUUCUUCACGGUCACUGCAACAAACUCGGAUUGA